AUGAUAGUCACACUUAUUAUAACUGGUUUGACUUUUGGAUUUUUACUCACAUUACAAGCUCAUGCUUUAAUAAAUGCCAAUUGUCCAAUUUGGUUAUCAUGGAUUGUUGCAUCAAUAUUUUGUAUAUUGGAAAUAAUUCUUAUGACCAUUAUAUUUUAUCUUAUAAUCACACCAUUCUGGCAAGAUUUAUUAUUUGAUGAUGUUUUAAAAUUAAGAGGAUUGGAACCAAUUUUGAAUCAAUCUCGAACUCGAGUUUCCGAAACGAGAAUUUGUUUUCGUGGAAUUAAAAUAAAAGAAUUAAGUAUAAAAGAAUCACGAAAAUUGGCUUGGAAAAAUCGAAAAGAUUAUAUUUUAUUUGGAAUUGUGGCUGUGGCACUGGAAUUAAUACCUAUAGCAAAUUUUAUUUUCUUUUGGACAAAUGUUGUAGGUGCCGCUUUAUGGACAUCGGAUAUUAUUAUUGAAGAACGUAGAGCUGGAUUAAACAGAUCAGUUCAAUUUACUCGUUCAAUUUCACAAUCAGUUAUUCUCACUUUAUUUACUCGUUUAAUUGUGGAAGAAGAAGAAUCAUAUCAAUCAACCAACAACAAUACUUCUACACUGUCACUUUGA